AUGGCGGACCCCUUGCUCGCAGAAUUUUCCGAGCUCUCCCACCUAUCGAGAGAAGACCUGGAAGAGCUCCUCGUCGAUCCUGUGUAUUUCCAGGCAAUAUUCCACUCUCUGAACCGGGUCAAGGCUCUAUACCAGGCACAAGCCGAGCUUGGGAGCGCAAAUGAGACCAUAGCGAAGAACAACCUCGCGUUGCAGGAUGCCCUCUAUACGUUGCGCAACGAUACACAGCAAGCAUUCGAUGAGGCCAAGAGUCUGGAAGCAAGAUGGAAAGAAGUGGAAAAGGAGCAAAAAGAGGUGUACCAGCGCUUUACUCCACAGUUCCUCUUGAUGCGGCUGAGACACGCCACGGUCGCCCAGGAUGAUAUCUCAGAAGCCCGUGCAUCCGAAUUCGUUCAAGCGUCGUCUGCGGAGCCAUCGCCAGUCGCCGCGAACAGCAAGGACAUUGACGACUUUGUCCGCGAGUUUAAGGAACUACGCAAGGUGUAUCAUAAACGGAUGAUGUGGGGCGAUCGCUGGGCGGCAGGACAAGUUGUGUGGAGAGAUGACUAG